CUCGGUCAAAAUCAAUAACACACAAAAAGCUCACAACUUUCCCUUUCCUCCAUUUAAAAAAGCUUCCGACUUUUCUUCCUCACCCACAAAAUUAAACUUUGUGUGUUCUCUCCCCACGAAAUAAGCAGAAACAUUGAUUCCCUUUGAAAACAGAGCCUUCAAAACAGAGAAGCUGGAGGAGGAACAAAGAAGAAGAAGAAGAUUGUAGAGAGAGAGAUGGAGAGUUACCUAAACCAAAACUUCGAUGUGAAGGCGAAGCAUUCCUCUGAGGAAGCUCUCGAGAAAUGGCGCAAUCUCUGCGGCGUCGUCAAGAAUCCCAAACGCCGUUUUCGCUUCACCGCUAAUCUCUCCAAACGUUAUGAAGCGGCUGCCAUGCGCCGCACCAACCAGGAGAAAUUACGGAUCGCAGUUCUCGUCUCAAAAGCUGCCUUCCAAUUCAUCUCUGGUGUGGCUCCAAGCGACUACACCGUCCCCGAAGAAGUCAAAGCCGCAGGAUUUGACAUCUGCGCCGACGAGCUAGGCUCAAUAGUCGAAAGCCACGACGUGAAGAAGCUGAAGUUCCACGGUGGAGUGGACGGUCUCGCAGGCAAGCUCAAGGCAUCUCCCACGGAAGGACUCUCCACAGACGCUGCUCACUUGUCCCAAAGGCAAGACCUUUUCGGCAUCAACAAGUUCGCGGAGAGCGAGCUCAAAAGCUUCUGGGUGUUCGUAUGGGAAGCUCUUCAAGACAUGACGCUCAUGAUCCUCGGCGUUUGCGCGUUCGUGUCUUUGAUCGUUGGGAUAGCUACCGAAGGGUGGCCUAAAGGGUCCCACGAUGGUCUCGGCAUCGUGGCGAGUAUUCUCUUGGUUGUGUUUGUGACCGCCACUAGUGAUUAUCGCCAGUCCUUGCAGUUUAGGGAUUUGGACAAGGAGAAGAAGAAGAUCACUGUUCAGGUGACUAGGAGUGGGUUCAGACAGAAGCUGUCCAUCUACGACUUGCUUCCUGGCGACAUUGUUCAUUUAGCCAUUGGUGAUCAAGUCCCAGCUGAUGGACUCUUCCUCUCUGGCUUCUCCGUGGUGAUAGAUGAGUCUAGUUUGACCGGUGAGAGCGAGCCUGUGAUGGUGAACGCGCAGAACCCUUUCCUUUUAUCCGGGACCAAAGUGCAAGACGGGUCUUGUAAGAUGCUUAUCACAACAGUCGGGAUGAGGACUCAGUGGGGGAAGCUGAUGGCCACUCUCACCGAAGGAGGGGACGACGAAACCCCGCUGCAGGUGAAGCUCAACGGAGUUGCUACCAUCAUUGGCAAAAUAGGUCUCUUCUUCGCUGUGGUGACUUUCGCGGUUUUGGUGCAAGGGAUGUUCAUGAGGAAGCUCUCCACGGGGACUCACUGGAUAUGGUCUGGUGAUGAAGCCUUGGAGCUUCUUGAGUACUUUGCUAUCGCUGUGACCAUCGUUGUGGUUGCUGUUCCUGAAGGCUUGCCUUUGGCUGUCACGCUUAGUCUCGCCUUUGCCAUGAAGAAAAUGAUGAAUGAUAAGGCUCUUGUCAGGCACUUAGCAGCUUGUGAGACUAUGGGAUCCGCAACUACCAUCUGCAGCGACAAGACAGGUACGCUCACAACCAAUCACAUGACUGUUGUGAAGUCAUGCAUUUGCAUGAACGUGCAAGAUGUUGCAAACAAAGGGUCUAGCUUGCAGUCAGAGAUCCCUGAAUCUGCUCUGAAGCUAUUGAUUCAGUCCAUUUUCAACAACACCGGAGGCGAAGUUGUCGUGAACAAGCAUGGCAAGACCGAGAUCUUGGGGACGCCGACAGAGACAGCUAUCUUGGAGCUUGGACUGUCUCUUGGUGGUAAGUUCCAAGAAGAGAGGAAGUCUUAUAAAGUAAUCAAAGUGGAGCCAUUCAACUCCACAAAGAAGAGAAUGGGAGUUGUGAUCGAACUCCCCGAGGGAGGAAGUCUCCGUGCUCACACCAAAGGAGCUUCAGAGAUAGUUCUUGCUGCUUGUGAUAAAGUUGUGAACUCGAGCGGUGAGGUUGUUCCGCUUGAUGAAGAAUCCAUCAAGUAUCUGAACGUUACCAUCAACGAGUUUGCUAAUGAAGCUCUCCGCACGCUUUGCCUUGCUUAUAUGGAUCUUGAGAACGGGUUUUCGCCGGAUGAAGCAAUCCCUGCUUCGGGGUUUACUUGUGUAGGGAUCGUUGGGAUCAAAGAUCCUGUUCGUGCUGGUGUAAAAGAGUCUGUUGAGCUUUGUCGCCGUGCUGGAAUCACUGUGAGAAUGGUAACUGGAGAUAACAUUAACACGGCUAAGGCAAUUGCAAGAGAAUGUGGGAUCUUAACUGAUGAUGGUAUAGCAAUUGAAGGGCCAGUGUUCAGAGAGAAGAGUCAAGAAGAGUUGCUAGAACUGAUUCCAAAGAUUCAGGUGAUGGCUCGUUCUUCACCAAUGGAUAAACAUACACUAGUGAAGCAGUUAAGGACAACGUUUGAUGAAGUUGUUGCUGUGACUGGAGAUGGAACCAACGAUGCGCCUGCACUUCAUGAAGCUGAUAUUGGAUUAGCUAUGGGAAUCGCCGGAACUGAAGUGGCGAAAGAGAGUGCUGAUGUCAUCAUUCUAGACGAUAACUUCAGCACAAUCGUCACUGUUGCUAAAUGGGGACGUUCUGUUUACAUAAACAUCCAAAAGUUUGUUCAGUUUCAGCUCACGGUUAAUGUUGUUGCACUGAUUGUUAACUUCUCUUCAGCUUGCUUGACCGGGAGUGCUCCUUUAACUGCUGUUCAGUUGCUAUGGGUGAACAUGAUCAUGGACACACUUGGAGCUCUUGCUUUAGCUACAGAGCCACCGAACAACGAGCUGAUGAAACGCUUACCCGUUGGAAGGAGAGGAAACUUCAUCACCAACGCCAUGUGGAGGAACAUUCUAGGACAGUCUGUGUAUCAGUUCAUAGUCAUUUGGUUUCUCCAAGCCAAAGGGAAGUCUAUGUUUGGUCUUGAUGGUCCUGACUCGACUCUCAUGUUAAACACUCUUAUCUUCAACUGUUUCGUCUUCUGUCAGGUGUUUAAUGAGAUAAGCUCGCGAGAGAUGGAAGAGAUCGAUGUUUUCAAGGGAAUACUUGACAAUUAUGUCUUUGUGGUUGUGAUCGGUGCAACGGUUUUCUUUCAGAUCAUAAUCAUUGAGUUCUUGGGCACAUUUGCAAGCACCACACCACUCACAAUAGUCCAAUGGAUCUUCAGCAUCAUCAUAGGUUUCUUGGGUAUGCCAAUAGCUGCAGGACUGAAGAUGAUUCCCGUCUGAUCCAUCCAUCAAAUUUAGCGCGAAAACCGCUUUUUAAAGAGGUGCUCUUUAAAGAGGAGCUCUCUUCUCAUCUCUUAGAACAAUUUCUUCAAAUUUUAGAACAGAAAGUCUUUUGACAAAGUUUUUGCCUUUUGCAAUAACUCUUGUUUUUUUCAUUAUUAAGGACAAGCAACUGAUUUAUGUUUUCUCUAUUUUUGUAAAACACACUGUUUCUUUGAAAUGACUAUCUUUGUUUCUUUUUGAAA